GGCGGAGUUUCAACCGGGAAGUAAACAGUGAACUCCGAUUUGAACUUCAUGCUGACUCAGAUAAUUAGAAAAUGUUUAACCUUACACUAGCUCAUCCUUAAUCUAACAGAAACGAAGACAAAUAACUGAAGACAGUAUUUGCAGAUGCACAGCGAUUUAUUACUGUCAAACAAUAUAAGGUCCUGUCGACACAUAAACACGUGCACGUGUGUUUCCUGACUAAGCAAUAUUAACACCUGCUCCAAGUUUCGCGAUAAAGGGAUAUGAACAGCGAAAACUUCAGUCUGAGCGAAAAGAUCGUGUCGUCUUCAUAUGUACGGCAGGGACUGCAGGCUCGUCGCGGUCACGAGCAGCUGAUUCGAGUCCUUUUAGAACAGGGAAAAUGUCCAGAGGAGGGAUGGCACGAAAGCACCAUAGAGCUCUUUCUGAACGAACUGGCAGUCAUGGACAGCAACAACUUCUUAGGAAACUGCGGUGUGGGAGAGAGGGAGGGCAGAGUCUCAUCAAGCCUGGUGGCAAGAAGACAUUUCAGACUGAUUCACGGGAUUGGUCGAUCAGGGGACAUUGCCGCUAUUCAGCCCAAAGCUGCUGGUUCCAGUCUUUUAAAUAAAAUCACCAAUUCUGUAGUACUGGAUGUUUUGAAAUUUACAGGUGUUAGGAGUGCAACUUCAUGCUUUGUGGUCCCAAUGGCGACCGGAAUGAGUCUCACGUUGUGUUUUCUCACGUUGAGGCACAGAAGGCCUGAGGCGCGCUACAUUUGGCCUCGCAUUGACCAGAAGUCCUGCUUUAAAUCUAUGGUGACUGCUGGUUUUGAACCCGUGGUUAUUGAGAAUGUUCUGGAGGGAGAUGAACUAAGAACAAACCUGCAAGAACUUGAGAGGAAGAUUGAGGAGUUGGGUGCCAAAAACAUCCUGUGUGUCCAUUCCACAACAUCCUGUUUUGCACCACGUGUUCCUGACAGACUAGAGGAACUUGCUGUACUGUGUGCUAAGCAUGAUAUCCCUCACAUAGUCAACAAUGCCUAUGGCGUGCAGUCAUCUAAAUGUAUGCACCUUAUUCAACAGGGAGCACGUGUAGGAAGAAUCGAUGCCUUUGUUCAAAGUCUUGAUAAAAACUUCAUGGUCCCAGUUGGUGGUGCUAUCAUUGCUGGUUUUGAUGAGGCUUUCAUAAAGGAAAUCAGUCAAAUGUACCCUGGUCGAGCUUCGGCCUCUCCAUCUUUAGACGUCCUCAUUACUCUGCUUUCUCUCGGUGCCAGCGGCUACAAGAAACUUCUGUCUGAGAGGAAGGAGCUGUACGGCCACCUGGCACAGGAGCUGAAAGCUCUAGCAGAGAAACAUGGAGAGAGACUGCUGCACACGCCACAUAAUCCAAUAUCACUGGCCAUGUCACUGAACAGUCUCCAGGGGCGUAGUGAUAAAGCAGUCACCCAGUUGGGCUCCAUGCUCUUCACCAGACAGGUGUCAGGGGCCAGAGUGAUUCCACUUGGUGUGGAGCAGACUGUUAGUGGUCACACGUUCCAAGGAUUCAUGUCACAUGCAAAUUCUUAUCCAUGCCCGUACCUUAAUGCAGCAUCAGCCAUUGGAAUAACCAAAGAUGACAUAACAUUGUGCAUGAAGAGACUUGAGAAAUGCCUCAAGAGCCUUAAGAAAGAAGCACCUGCAGAGAUAAAUGAAUCUGCAUCACCAUGUGAAGGUUUGGAUGACCAGACAGUGCCCUGAGGGUUUUCAUGACUGUAAUUUUCUUUUUUUGGUUUUGUAAGAUGAUGUUGCAGUUAUCUAAUGUGUGUAAUUUGAUUUAUAAUAAUUUAAUAAUGCUCUAUUGAACAUUUCAGUUUCUUUUAUAUUAAACCAAAUGGAUUUAGGUCUGA